CCAUACACUAAUACUUCUUUUUUUAAAAAAAGAAUAACAAACCCACAGAUCUGAGAAAUCACUACAAAGGACCCCAUUCCCCAAAAUUCAAUUGAUAGGAAGUUGAUAACAACUGGCAAAACCCACAGAGUUAUAUUGCGAGACACAGAGCAGCAGAUGCUCCCUAGCAAGAAGGGAAUGUGCAGAGCAACCCCAGAGAAAACAAUCUGAUGAAGAUUGAACUUGACUAAUUGUAGUCACAGAAAGCCCCUUAUUGAUAUUAAUGGUUUCACUUACUCACACUCCAAAUAAUAAUACUCUCAACACCCUUCCUCUGGAAGUGUAGGUCUUUCUAGAUCGGUAUUGCUCAACCUGGGGAUCGGGACCCCUGGGGGGGGGGGUUGUGAGAGGGGUUUCAGAAGGGUCGCCAAAGACCAUCAGUAAACACAAAUUUCUGAUGGUCUCAGGAACCCAAAUCCCUCCAGUAUUUUCUGUUGGUCAUGCGGGUUCUGUGUGGGAAGUCUGGCUGAAUUCUAUUGUUGGUGGGGUUUAAGGGCCUCUUUGAACAUAGGUGAACUAUAAAUCCCAGCAACUACAACUCCCAAAUGUCAAGGUCUAUUUUCCCCAAACUCCACCAGUGUUCAAAUGUCGGCAUAUUGAGUAUUCAUGCCAAGUUUGCUCCAGAUCCAUCAUUGUUUGGAGUCCACAGUGCUCUCUGGAUGUAGGUGAACUACAAAACUCAAGGUCAAUGCUCACAAAACCCUUCCAGCCUUUUCUGUUGGUCGUGGGAGUUCUGUGUGCCAAGUUUGGUUCAAUUCCAUCAUUGGUGGAGUUCAGAAUGCUCUUUGAUUGUAAGUGAACUAUAAAUCGCAGCAACUACAACUCCCAAAUGACAAAACCAAUCCUCCUCAACCCUCCCAGGUAUCAGGUAUUUGUGUCAAAUUUGACCCAGUGAAUGAAAAUAACAUCCUGCAUAUCAGAUAUUUACAUUUAUGAUUGUUAACAGUAGCAAAAUUACAGUUAUGAAGUAGCAACGAAAAUAAUUUUAUGGUUGGGGCUCACCACAACAUGAAGAACUGUAUUAAGGCAUCAGGGCAUUAGGAAGGUUGAGAAUCACUGCUCUAGAUCCUCCAGUCAGAUUCUAUAGUAUGCUUCUGACUGAAGUAUAGAUGAAAUAUAGAGUUCACUUUUUCCAUGGUUUCAGGUAUGCACACAAGAUCUUAGAAUGUGGAUACGGAAGUUGUCAUGUCCAUAUGAUCCUAGGCUGGGAUAAUGUAGAACACUAUCACGGCAUGGAAAAAUCUUUAAGGGAAACCCCUGUAAUAGGGCAUGCAGAAAACAGUCUAAUGAAGAUUGAAUUUGAUUAAUUGUAGUCACAGAAAGCCACAAGGAAAGGAGCAUUCAGGAAAAGAACAAGGCAACAUUUUGCAGCAUACAAUCUGUAGUAUAACAUAUAUCCUAUAUCUCGUCAACUUCCUCACCAAAUUCCUAAUUCCAUGAUUUUUUUUAAGGAAUUGAGAGGAAUAACUAUUUAUCCUGGGAUGGGGAUUGAUUUCAAUUUGGGAGUUGUUUGUCAGUCCAAUUAUGGGAAGACCAAAAGGAGGGAUUUGAAAAAGCCAGCAUAUUUUAGCAUGCAGUUGCAAAGAUAUAAGAAAGGAGCCUCAAUCAUUUAGAAUGAGGGAAGAGAUCCAAACAAAAGCCAGGAAACCACCAAACAGUGGUGUCAUAAGGAAAGGGGAUAUGGCUAAGUGGAGAACUGGACUGGACCGUUAUGUCUUGGCUUUGUAUUAAACGGGUAUAUACCUCAAAAAUGUUGGCAAUGUCGGUAAUGUUUUUGUGAGCACAAUGAUAUGGGCUUGGAAAGAAGUGUGGCCUGAGGAUCCAUUUCACAAACUUUCCGGGGGCAGGAGUGCAAGGGAAUAGCCUUAAGAAACCAGAGAUUACAUAAUUCCACCUAUUUGCCUCAUGAGGAAUAAAGCGUUGGUGGGUGGGGAACUUACACAAGACUGUGGUUUAUUCCCUCUGCCUGUGGGUGAGACCAUGACCGCAUCUGAUGAUUAUCAGAUGAGAAUAGAUGCCUCAGUCUCACCUCACCAUCUCUCUUUGACAGACAAAGGAUUCCCCAUACACUGGACUUUCUGAAACACCUGCAGUAAAACCCCUUCCUGCCAAUCUGCAGAUGAGAAGCAGAGCAAAGAUGAUGGAGAAACUGAAGAUCACCCCACUUCCUGUUGUCCCUGAGCCCCAAGAGCCUCCACCACCUUCUUCCCCAGAACCUCUCCACUCCCCAGGAAGUGGGGAAGAGGAGAUAGAGGUCACUCCACCCCUCACCUCUAGCCCCACCUUAUCCUCCCCUCAAGCCAAAGAGAGUCCUCCCCCUGAAAUGUCCCCAGUUCCUUUGCCCCACAAUGUUCCUGUCAUCAGUCUAGGCUACAGUAAGCCUCCCAACCAUGCUGAGGUGCCCACCACCCAGCUCACUGAACUGCACCCCAUCCCCAGCUUCUUGCAGCUCUCGGCCAUGCCACCAGGGGGCCCUCUGCCACCCCUGCCUCUCGCUGGAGUAAGAAGCCCCCUCUUGACCCCACAAUAUCAGCCCCAUCCCUUCCUCAACAGCAUCUACAUCAGCAGCUCUGGACCAUUCGGCCUCUUUCCCAACAACCGUCUCAAGCGCAGGCCAAGCCACUAUGAACAGGACAUUACAGAGGGUCAUCAGCCUCAGAAGGUAGCACGCCGGGUCUUCACCAACAGCCGGGAGCGGUGGCGGCAGCAGAACGUGAAUGGCGCCUUUUCAGAGCUUCGCAAGCUAAUCCCAACUCACCCCCCUGAUAAGAAACUGAGCAAGAAUGAGAUUCUCCGCCUGGCCAUGAAGUACAUCAACUUUUUAGUCAAGCUGCUGAACGACCAAGCCCGGUUGGCUGGGGGAGGGGAGCCUGCUGAUGCAGAAGCCCCCUGCAAUGAGACUCCAAGGACUCCCUCACCACCUGCACCCAUAAAGCUGGAGCAGGUGACUGUAGAGCCUGUGACUGUGCUGGAGGCAGGGGAGCCUCGGUGAUGAAGAGGAGUCUACUCAACCGUGUAACUGUGGCCUCCCUCCCUUCUCUUGUUCCCCUCCACCCAAAGAGCCCCACUCAUGGAGACUGAACCAGCAUCAAGGGGCUAAAGGAAUGCCACUUCCCAAUAUGCUUUAUGACCCCCGAAACUUGGAACAAAAGCCAUUGGGGAUGGGUUGAGUGAUGCUAUGGAUUGCCAGUGGCUUUCCAAAAGUGGGGCAAAUGGAUUUCAAGGUCCAUUGGGGGGUGGGGUGGGGUUGCCAAUGAAGGGAUGGAGAGGAAGGCAGCACAUUCCUUAGGUGACUGGCUUCUCUUCAUGUUUGUCCCAACCCAUGAAGACUUGGGGAUGAGUGGAACUUUUAAGACUGUGCCCCCAAAAUGGCUUGGUUUUGGAAUAACUUCAAGAAAAAAGGGAUGGUGUGAAGCAUCAAGGAGGAUUGGUUGAGGCAGCUCUGCAGAGAGUUGGGUUAAUACAGGGUACCCCUCCUGCCCUUCCUCCACCAGUGAGAGAGAUACUUUCUUAUAAUGAGGGUGCCAGCUUGGUUGGGGAGGGCUCUUCUAAGCUUUCUGCUUAGUGUGCUUGAUUUCUGAUUUGAACCUUUUCCUCUAUCAUCAUUAGUUCAGGGUAUGCUUUGAUGGCAGUCACUCUAUGCAGUGGACCCCAUAUGGGCAUAUCUUUUGGCUUCAGGCUCAGACCUGGCAAUGCCUUAAAAAAAACUCCACCAUUCCCAGAAUCCCCUAGCCAAUUGGCCAUGUUGGCUGGCAGAUAUUGAAUGUUGUGGCCCAAAAAAAUCACUGACACAAUAAAACUCCUUCUGGAAA